AUGGAGGAAACGAUCGUAGAGAAUGCUAUAGCCGAUGCACCGGGGGCCAAACUCGCAAAUAAGGCCGAGUCAGCCGAUGGUUCCUACUUUGGCUCCGGAUGGGUGGACUAUAUCUACACAUACACAAGCAAUUUUGCAAAUAUGCUUCAAUGGGGAGAACAAACAGAGGUAUACUCCCUGGAUAAGGAUUUAAAAACUGCAACAAAGAUGUACGAGUCCAUGAUGAACAAGGUAAAUAAGCAGUCAUCGCAAGCAAUAUCUUCUGAUUCGAAUGGCAAGCAAAGUGACCCAUCUGGCUAUUCUUAUACCGGACUUGUUGCUGAUAUGACUCUCUACGAUCGUUUAAAUGUACCACAUAAUGCCACAAAGGCACAAAUUAAAAGCAGUUACUAUAAACUGGCACUAAAAUAUCAUCCUGACAAAAAUCCAAGUGCUGAAGCCAAGAAAAAGUUUCAAGAAAUAGGAGAAGCAUACCAGGUAUUGAGCGACAAUUCAUUGCGUGAAAUGUAUGAUAAACAUGGUACAAAGGCCACCAAAGACAUGCCAAUGGUGGAUCAUUCGUUGUUCUUUAUGAUGUUGUUUGGAUGUGAAGACUUGGAGGAUUACAUCGGUACCUUGAAGAUUGCAACAUUCAUACAGACUGUAACAUCAGAACCCGCCAAAAAGAAACUCCUAAACAACAAUAAUAUGGAUAUUGAACAAAACUUCCGUGAGGUUCAACUUGCUGUGCUUCUAAGAGAUAGAAUACAAAAGAUUAUAGAUGGAGGAAGCAUAGAGGAUAUGGAUGAAGAAAUUGCAAAGUUGUGCGAGGGCACAUUUAGUGACACUUUGGUAGAAUCCAUAGGAUGGGUCUAUGAAAACUGUGCCGAUACAUAUAUUGCCGAAUCCACUACAUUUUUGGGACUUGGAGCCACUUACUCCAAUAUACAGGCCGCAGGUAGAAAUAUCAACAAUACUUGGAGCAUCGCAAGAUCGGUAUUUAAUGUAGCUCUAGUUGUAAAGGAUCUAAAAGAACAUGAAGACAUUACUGCAGAUAACCCAAAUAUACUAGAAAAGGUUAAGGAAAUUGUCACAAACGCUUUAUCUUUGGUACUCUAUGACGUUGAAAAUACAGUGAGGGUUGCCGCCUCAAAAGUCUGCAGAGACCAAGAUGUGCCAGAUAAUCUACGAUUAAAGAGAGCAGAAAUACUCAGAGAGUUAGGAAAACUCAUGCAGAAAAAGGCUCAAGAAUCUAGAGAUGGAAAGGAAACACCGGACAUCUCCAGACAGAUGCAUGAAGCCUUUGUCAAGGCUGUACAGAAAACUGACGCACGGCAAUAA